AUCGAAACGGCAGUCUAACACGCAGCGUUUGCGUUAAGGGCAACACCACUUGUCAAAAGCACUACAGAUUUUGACCAGCACUGUGCACAGAAGAACAUGCCGAAUGCUGUGUUACAUUCAGGAAUUAGGAAUCAUUCAGUGAAUAAUGUAUGACAGCGACAGUGAUAUCGACCUGGAUCUGGAGCUUUUAACACUAGAGGGCCCAACUGUCCCCAGACAUGAUGGUUUAAGACGAAGAUUGGGAAGUCCUCGCGAAGUGAUAUCCACAGAAGAAUCAAACUCUCAAUUCCGCAAUGUGAAAAGGAUAAGCGUUCUUGAACAAUGUCAGAGCACCGCCCAGAAUCUUGUGAGCAAUGCAACCAGAGGGAGAUCUAAAUACAAGACACGUGGGUACGAUUCCGCGCUUUGGCGGAGUAGGGUCCGCAGGUAUGCCUCAGAAACCAAUAUAGCCACCGAAGGAUCGAACUCUACAUUUGGAGAGAGUAAAUACACAGCUGAGCCAUGUGUCCAAAGGCAGGGCUGGAGAGGUCGACGAAAUUCUGGAUCUUUAAAACAUCAGAAUCCAUCCGCAACUCCAUUGACGGAGGAAGUGCAUCAAAGGUCCGAAGUAAGGAGUGGUACUCCUCGAGGUGGGAGAGGUAGAGGUAGAGGUAGAGGUAUGGGACAUAAAAAUGAAGGCGGUGAGCCCAGACGACCACGAACCGCCAUUAUGGGCUAUAGGCGCCUUACUGAGCUUUCUCAGAAGGACUGUGAUGAAAGGACUUUGUGCAUGUCUCUGAUAUCAGAAACCAGCGGGUUUUCCCAGCUACUGGAUGGUGACAGAAUCAAGCCUGAUUUGAUGGAACUGCUUUUGGAAAUAUUAGCCAAAGCCAGUAAGUCAACAGUCAGGGAAUAUGUUCUUCAUCUUCUAACCAAGAUUGCCCAAAGUCGAUUCCUGGAACAGCAUGUCAGUGUUGGUUACCUGUUACGAAUGCCGCAUGAAGUCCACCAGCACCGAGUGGCAGGAUUUAUUGAGUCAGUUAAAAACUUACUGGAAAUUUUAGAGGCAAUUUUAAGUACACUGCCUAGGUUUUCAGACAAGUGCCUAGCAGUACUCAUCAUUUUGGAAACAAUCCCACAGAGACUGGGGAAUAUCCAGAAAGAUACACUUGACCUUCUUGAUUCCAAGAUAGCUGCACUGAAUGAACGAGCCAAUGACUUAAAUUCAAAGGAAGUCAGAAAAAAACCGUCAUCAGCACGGGGCGAGAAGCAACAGGAGAGAACUGCUCAUCUAGCCUUUGAAGAAGUCCCGCCACCUGAUGACUUCCGCGAAGUUUCAAUAUGUCCGACAUUUGAAGACAUUCACACAAAUGCAAAGACUUAUCUGAGGAGAAAUAAAGAGAGUGGGGCCUAUGACGAUCAUAAUCAUUACCUCGACGUACAGUUUAGACUGCUGCGUGAAGAUUAUGUCCGCCCUCUACGGGAAGGCAUUGCUGAGUACCUGAGGAAUGUGAAAGUCAACAGACCAGAUUUCAAGCUCAGCGACAUGAGGCUGUAUCGUGGAGUUCAAAUUAUUUGCCCUAUGUGUACUUCGGACGGUAUUGCCUACCGUAUCCAGUUCGACAACACCAAAUUACGUCAAGUACGUUGGCAGGCCUCUAAAAGACUUAUAUACGGGUCCCUAUUGUGCCUAUCCCCUGACAAUUUCCAGACGUUACUUUUUGCCACAGUAAUCAACAGAGACCUUAAAGAUCUUGUGGACGGUUUUGUGGACAUCCGGUUUUUGGAUCAUUUCACAUUUGACGAACAUACCGGGGACAGGUAUGUGGUCGCAGAAACUACUGCAUAUUUCGAAGCCUACCGGCAUGUAUUACAAGGUCUACAGGAGCUUGACAAUGUGCCAUUCCAGCGCUACAUAGUGUCCUGCCAGACAGAAGUUUUGCCUCCGAUGUAUUUACGGCGUGAUAUUCCCCCGGCCUAUGAUUUAUCGUGCUGUGUUAAAGAGGACGCAUCAAGCGCUAAAAAACUGAGAACAAAAGCUGUAUCAGUUUUGACAACAUCUCGAUGGCCAGGAACGGACACAUUAUGUUUUGACGACUCUCAGUUAAAUGCAGUGAAAACAGCUCUUAGCAAAGAGUUCGCUGUAAUCCAGGGACCACCCGGAACAGGAAAAACAUUCGUCGGUCUGAAAAUAGUUCGAGCGCUCCUUGAAAACAACAGUGCAUGGGGAUCGCACAAGCCAAUCCUAAUCGUAUGCUACACAAACCACGCCUUGGACCAGUUCCUUGAAGGCAUGUUGGACUUUGGUGUGACGGGUCUUCUCCGAGUAGGUGGACGUUCCAGCAGUGAAAAACUAGAAAAGUCCAAAAUUCGAAGUAUUAAACAAGAAAUGAAGAGAAACAAAACACGACGAAGAGAUCUUAUGGAUCUGUCGCGUGACUGUCAUAACGAAAUGAAAAUGUUGGAAAGUGAAAUUGAAAACAUGUCAGUGAAGCUAGAGUUGACUGCAAGAGGGAUAUUACACGAGCAGUCCCUCCGAAAUUACAUGACUGAAGAUCAGUUUGAAAGCUUUGGACUGGGUCAGGAAUACACAAGUUGGCACAAAAAGUCAGCUAUGCCUUUAUGGUUGGAAAUAUCUGUAGAUAUUUAUGGACAAGCAGAAGGUUUUGGACAGUCACGUUUGUACGCUGUCACACCAGGUCAUAUCGAAAGCUUGCUGUUUCAGAUGAGGAUGAAUCAGAAAGAUACGUUUGAGAUUCAUGAAAUUCUACAAACUUCAAAAGAUGAACUUGAAAGAAAUUUGGCCUAUGCCCUAGCGGAAGACUUUGCUUCCAUCAUGGGCACUGCCGGAUGGGACCGUUGGGAUGUUUACAGACAGCUCCAUGCUCGGUUUGAAACACAUCAAGUGUUUCAGUUGAGCGCUACUGAAACAGAGAUCAAGCUCAUAGAAAGUCGUGUCAUGAAUUCGACUCAAUCUAGGAAGUUUAAGCCGAAGAAGCAAGAUUUUGGAGACAAAGCUCUUCAGCAAGCACUGGAGCAAAUGAAACAGAAAACAGUUGAAAUUAAAGAUUCUCUGCAUGUGCUUAGGAGUACGCUUGGAAUUUUACGUGCCUCAGUGCUCAUGGAAAUUAUGACUCAGGAAGAACAGAGAGCCUUCGGAUUCCAACCAGAAAAAUUUGACGACUUGUUUUUUGCACGAUGGUUGGGUUAUGGGGAUGUUAUAGACAUUCUGUUGAAAGAAACUGCCGCGGAAGAUGGCUAUGAUGACCAAGAAAGUGGCGAACUCAUAGACGCAGAGGAAGAGGCUGAUAUGGUCGCGGGACAGAGAAUACUUGAGGAAGGGGAGGAUGAGGGCAUUUGUCUAGCUCAGUCCCUCAAACAACACCGUGAAUUGGCCACAAGUAUAGCUACAAAUGAAUUGAGUGUAAAUCUUGACGACAGGCAUCAUGUCACUGACCAAGGUGGAGGUUGGCAAGUGAAGAGUCCAAGCAGAAAAAAACUGAAGCAGCGGGUGAAGCAAAUUAUCCAGAGUGUGGACAAAAUGAGUGCAGAUGAGGCAGAAUCUGUGUAUAAUGUUUGGCAGCUCAACUUUACGGACAGAUGUAGACUCUACAUGUAUUGGUUGUCAGAACAUCGUGAUAGCUUAAAAUCUUCUAUUCGAGGUUUAAGUGAGAAAUAUGAUGCCGUGGCAGGUAGACUCAGGAGAGUUCGUGAAGAUGAAGACUAUCACAUCAUGAAUGAAGCAAAAGUCAUUGGAAUGACAACUACGGGAGCGGCGAAAUACAGAAACACCCUCCAGCGCCUAAAGCCACCAAUAAUAGUAGUGGAGGAGGCGGCUGAAGUGCUUGAGUCACAUAUUGUAACAGCUUUGAAUUCCAGCUGUGAACAUCUCAUCCUCAUAGGUGACCACAAACAGCUCCGCCCAUCCCCAGCGGUGUACGAAUUGGCCAGACAUUAUAACUUGGAGCUGUCUCUCUUUGAGCGGAUGGUAAAGAAUGGGCUUCGUUGUGACACUCUAGAACUACAACACAGGAUGAGACCCGAGAUAGCGGACCUCAUGCAGUUCAUAUACCCUGGCUUGAAGAAUCAUCACUCGGUACUUGAAAUGGAAGAUGUCAAAGGUGUCAGCUGCAAUGUUUUUUUCCUUGACCACCAGUUUCCAGAAGUUGCACAUGAAGAAAACAAGAGUCGCUCUAAUAAGCACGAGGCUUUAUUCCUGGCUGCAUUCUGUCGCUAUCUCCUUCUCCAGGGAUAUGAACCUUCUCAGAUCACAGUUCUCACCACUUACUCGGGACAGGUGUUUGAGCUCAGGAAAGCCAUGCCUAAAAAGUCAUUUGCAGGAGUUCGGGUCACCGCAGUCGACAAUUACCAAGGAGAGGAGAAUGAUAUUAUAUUGUUGUCCCUUGUGAGGAGCAACAAAGAGGGGAAAAUAGGGUUUCUCAGCAUAGAGAAUAGAGUCUGUGUUGCACUGUCAAGGGCGAGAAGAGGGAUUUAUGUCAUCGGCAAUUUUGGUCUUCUGGCUGAGCAGAGUCCCUUGUGGUCGAAGAUGAUCAAUUUUCUAAAAUCUAAAAGUCGCUGUGGCGCUGAGCUAGAGCUGUACUGUCAAAAUCAUCCGGGACUGGAGAAAAUCAGAGCCAAGGUUGAUAAGGAUUUUUCCUCCGCUCCAGAAGGGGGUUGCAUGCGUCCAUGUGAAUCGAGACUGACGUGUGGACAUCAAUGUCAGAAACCAUGUCAUGUCACCGAUACGAAUCACCAGAAUUAUGUGUGUCAAAAACCAUGCGCAAAGCUAUGCAGUUCCGGUCACCGGUGCAAGAAACUGUGCUAUAAAGACUGUGGAAAGUGCAGCGAGAUGACGAAGAAAACCAUACCAAUCUGCGGUCACGAGCAAAGGGUUCCCUGUCAUCAAGACCCAAUUACGUUUACAUGUAAGGCUAAGUGCGAACACAUUCUUCCUUGUGGUCACUUGUGUGCAGAACCAUGUGGCGAUGCCCAUACAAAGAUAUGCAAAGUGGAAGUUCCAAGAAUUUGGCCAUGUGGGCAUGUCGUGAAAACAGCCUGCUGUAAUAACCAUAAUAACUUUGCAUGUCCACAGCCUUGUUCUACUACCCUAGACUGUGGCCAUCCCUGUGCCGGAACGUGCUCCAAAUGUCUACAGGGCAGACUCCACGAAGGAUGUAAGCAGAAGUGCGGACGAACCUUAGUUUGUGGCCACGAAUGUCGACAGAGCUGUUGCAAAUCUUGCUCGCCUUGCAUACGCGCGUGUGAAAACAGAUGUGUACACAGUCGCUGUGAACGGAAGUGCGGCGAAGAGUGUAUCAAAUGUCGAGAACCAUGCCUGUGGUCCUGCAAGCACUACAAAUGCACGAAGCUUUGUGGUGAACUUUGUAAUCGCCCACCUUGUAACAAACCGUGUAAGAAACGUCUUCCAUGUGGACACCGGUGCAUAGGACUCUGUGGGGAGGAUUGUCCCACACUCUGCUUGGUCUGCAAUAAGAAAGAAGUCUGUGAAACAUUUUUUGGCACAGAAGAUGAUCCUAACGCCCGCUUCAUUUUGCUGGAGGACUGUAAGCAUGUCUUCGAAGUGAGCGGCUUGGAUUAUUGGAUGCGUUGUGAUAACGAUGACAACAAAAAAUGCGUACAGUUGAAAGGAUGUCCAAAGUGUAAAGUAGCUAUCAGACGAAGCUUGAGAUAUGGAAAUGUUAUCAAAAAGGCCUUGGCUGACGUUGAGCUGGCGAAAAGCAAAAUCCGUGGAAGUGCAGACGAGAUUUUUCUCGAGAAAACUAGGCUAGAGAAGAACUUAAAAAGAUCCUUGGCAAGCGAAGACGUCAAACCUGAAAUCAUGAGAAGGCUUGAUCAUACCAGCUUGUCGCUCCAACAGCUCAAUGUUCUGGAAAACCAGAUACUUCUGCUGGAAAAUGUGAACCAGCUUUCCGCAAAACUCAAAGUAGAGUAUGAGAAAGGUCACAUUGGAAAAGACGAUAUGGAAUACAUCUCGCAUUCUCUUCAGAUCGUGUCCAAAGUCAUCAUGAGGUGGUUUAACAUUGUCAGCGACCAGCAGCUCCGAGAGGCAAAGUUUGAGCUUCAGCGUCUGUCGUACUUAUUUAAAGCACGUUUGUAUUCGCGAAGACUGACUGACAAGUCUAGUGUCCAGUGUGAAUUGUUAUCCAUAAAGCUGGAAAGAACUAUACUGAAACUGAAGGGGAACCAGCCAUUUAACAAUGAAACAGAAGAAGAGAUGUUAAAACUUGAGGCCAUUUUGAAGAAAUUGGCUCCACUGGGCAUUUCAGAAAGUGAAAGGGUGAUGGUCGUGAAGGCUAUGGAUCUUGCUCAAGGACACUGGUUCAAAUGUCCGAAUGGUCAUGUGUAUGCUAUUGGUGAUUGUGGCGGGGCAAUGGAAGAGGCCACAUGUCCGGAGUGCAAGUCUAAAAUCGGCGGGACGUGCCACAAGCUGUUGAGGGACAACACAUUAGCAUCAGAGAUGGACGGGGCCAAAUUUGCUGCUUGGUCAGAUCAAGCCAACAUGAACAACUACGACAUUGAUGAUUUAUUAUAGUGAUUUCUAUCAACCAGCUGUUCCGUUGAUCCUUGUCUGAUUUAUUUAAUGGCGAACGGUCGAAAACGUUUCUAUCCUGGUGUUUAACAGAAAUUAUAACUGACCACAUGAUAUAUAAUUAGUUUUGAAAUAUGUCGUUGGAACUGAUCGACAUGAAUAUCAGCUAAUAGCAAAGUAGAGCUUAAACUUACGUUAGCAUUUGGUUCAUAAGGCCAUUGAGAUAACACAGAUGUUUUUUUGUGUCCAACAUUAUAAUGAUGAGGAUACUUUCAGUAUUUCGUUGUAAUAUUUUAGAUGGCUUUUAGUUUCUAAUUUAGUGAUUUUUUUGGGGGGCGG